AUGUACGUUUUGGACAAAGACUUUGAAGAAUUGACAGAGAGAGAAGUGAUAAACGGAGUUCUGAAUGUGAAGAACACGAAGAACCAUUGCCUGGCCUAUGUGCGCUACAUAAACAACAUCAAUCUCCAGAAUCUGAAGAAGGCAUCGCUGUUUCUGGACAUAAUGAAUCGAAGCGUGGACAUUGAGGCCUCCCGACUGCUCGCCAAUUUGAGAGAUGAAAGACUGACUGCCAAGAUAGAAGCGAGCAACUAUCAAAGGUACACGAUAGAAUGGAUCGGGCGUGAAGGCUUGGACCCAGAGACACACGAAGAGUAUUUGCAGCAUUUUAUCACACAUUUUUACAAGAAUAUAGUGAAACUGGUGGACCGCGCCAUGAGAAAGGAGGACUCUUCGCCACAGGGACAAAUCGUCACUGAAAUCCUGCAGCAUCUGCAUGCUUGCAACAAUUCUGUCAAGGUAUUCUACGGCAGAGAAGAGGAACUGAUCCGCAUCGAGCAGUACAUGAAAGGGUUGUCAGACAACCCCUGGUGUUGUUACGGUGAGGGAGGUUGUGGCAAGACAUCCCUGCUGGCAAUGUCGGCCGCCUCAGUUCGCCAAGUGGUUCGCGGGGGCCAACCCAAUCUGCAUCAUCAGAUUCUGGGCACCACACCUGACAGCUCGGCCCUCACGCCCACCCUCAUAUCCAUCUGUCAACAGUUCGAACUGCAGUUCUUGACUGCAGUCAGAACUGUGAACGGUGGACUGUGGACUGUUGAAAAAUGUUCACGUCAGUACGGACUGCAGUCGCGGACCGCAGGCCGUUCGGUGGCGUCGUAG